UGUUAAGGCAAAGUAUUGCGCAACCCGCUCCCGAGACGAAACUACAAGUUUGUCACCGCCUCUAAUCCCCGAGGUCAGACAUAUACUGUACCCCUGACGAUGGCUGAUUGGUCGAACGCGACUUGGGAUUCAAUUCCUGCGUAUCGUCUGAGCAAAGAAACUGUGGAUGCUUUUCUCCAGGGGCUCUUCGGGUAUUAUGAAUUCUACACACGACUCUCCACCGACUACUGGCAGUUUUGGAUCCCAUACAAAUUGACGCAGGCUCAACGAACUCAAUUGAUGGAGAAAAGAACAAGAGGUUCGACGUAAUGGCUGCUUCGGGCGUGAGGCUGGGACACGUGGACUGAAUUUCGGGUUUUCAGGGUUCAAAUUUUUACGGCGUUUUACGAUGUGUUGGCGUUGGGACAAAGUCGGGCACCAGCUUUAUGUAUGGGACCAUGCACUCAGCUAUCAGCCGUGGUGGGGUGGCAAGGGCGGCAAUGUCUUACGGAGUAAAGUGGCGUAUGCAGCUGAGUUUGCCCCGAAAGGGAGCCUUACUCAGCCACCACCAAUGGUGAUUUUGGGGGCCAUCCAGAGCCUCAGACAGGUUCCCUCCCGAUCUUGCAAUCAAAUAUAUGAAUGGCAUUUGCACUUGAGUUGAACGCUUCA